AGGAUCACAUUGUUGUUGUCGUCGUAGAAGAGUACAGAGAUGGGACUGAGCUUGGUGGGUGCGCAGCACGCUUUGGGAACCUCAUCCGGCUUCAAAAGGGUUCGCGAUCGUCGGGAGGUGGACAGCGACUUCGAAGAGGAAUCAACUGUACUGGAUGAGGUCCAGUUGGAUGUGCCACUGCUGCCAGUUAUCCUUCAUGUCCAGGAUGCUGCUAUCAUCCUUGAGGAUGUGCUGACUAUCCUUGAGGAGCCCACUGGUAAUUGGCAGCUGAUACCGAUUAGGUUCAGCCCCCUGUACUGUGGUCCUGUUGUGAUCAGGAACAAUGCCGGUCCGGUGGCUAAAGCCUGGAGAACUUUCCAGUUCAUCAGCCCCUCUAUCACCUACAUGCGUGGGGGAUCCCAGCAGGUGGUGGUGAGGAUGCACCAUGUGAGUAGGGUUCGAGGCCUGGAGACUCAACUGGUGUGGGCCAUCUCCAAGGAGACAGCCAGGCUUAGUCCAGAGGGCAUCCCCUACUGUGCCACCAUGGUGCAGUCCGUCACUUGGAUCCAGUAUGUGGCUGGCAGGGUGACCCAGUAUGCGUCUCACCUCCGCCAUGAGACGUCUGUGAACGUGACGUUUGGCUGCUACCAGCAGCAGACUGAUGUCUCGGUGGUGUACGCCACUCUCCACAUGGGGCCGGAUGGGCUGCUCUCCUCCUCGUGGGGGUCGGAGGCUGCCUCCGUCUCUACGCCCACCAAUCAGCAGUUCACUGAGCCAGAGCCUGAGGGCCACAACUGCUAUGAGGGCUGGGAGGAGGACCUGCUGCCUGAGGAGAGGGAGGUUCCUCUGCUAAACCUCUAUCUUACCACCAAGAGAGUGGAGGACAUCGCCCUGAGGCUCGUCUCCCUGCGCCAGGCCUUCACUACACUGCUUGGUUCCACCCUGAGCAGGAACCAUCUAUUUGUGGCAGGAAAGGUCCUAAUGGGUGCACUGGUUCAGGCCCACCACAUGGACGAGGCCGAAUUCAUCCGUGCCUAUAAUGACUUUGUGGACUACCUGAGUGACCCCUCCAAGAAGAUUGACAUUGAGAGGGAGCUGGCUGAGGCAAAGAUCCAUCAUGUUAACCUGAUAGAUGUCCUUUUUGAACUGGUGCUGUUUGGGUUGAUGACAGCUCAGAAGUCCCUGAUGGUGCACCCUGGUGGGUUCAUGGAGCGUCUGUACGCUCUCCUGUACUCCUUCCUGCCCGCUGCUGCCAGAAUUGAGCCAAAGGCUGAGAGAUACCUGCUGCUGCUCAAUGGCGGGCUGAUGGCUCUGCUUGAUGACAUGUUUGGGCAGCAGCUGGCCUGGUACUUUAACCCAGAAUCUUUGGUCACUGAGCUCUCCAGCCUCCUGGAAUACCACCUGGAGAACCUCAUGGCCAGCAUGUAG